AUGGGAGCGCGAAAAAUGACUAAGGGCAUAUCGGCGAUUGUCGCUUUUUGUCGCUCUAAUUACGACCCAGUUGAAGGGCUUCUAACACGUGGAGCGAUGAAACCUGACGACAGGCCGUUAUGGUUCGAUGUAUACAAAACAUUUCCUUCCAUCGUGGAACCGAAGUUUGCUAGGCCUAAGCCUGAGGCAAACCUAUUAGACAAAUUCUUUACAAAGAAGACAUCACAAGAGCGAAAUUUCAUGCCGAGAGUCAUGGCAUAG